CCCAUUCUAUUAUUAAUUUUUUCACAUUGGGUUGUUCUGACCAGACAGUUAUGACGAAGCCCCAAUUUUGUUUUCCAUUCAUCCAAUUGUAAGGCAUUCUUGCGGCCUAAAUGGCACCAACGAUGGCCCUUGGUACUCCUCAUGCUCCAAUUGGGAUCAGGGUUUUGGAAUACUUUUCUAAUCCAUGUGGGUUCAAUCUUAUUCCCAGUUUUAAUCCUUUAUUUUCGAGUAGAAAUCGAUAUUCGAUUUCAAAGACAGGGAGUAAUGCUUUGGUGGAUGGGCGAUCCACCACUUUGUCUUUGGAAAAAGAGAAUAAGGAAGAGAAGUUGAUUGGGUUUGAAGGCAAUGCGAGAGUUGUGUCUGAAAGGGAAGGAGAGGGAAAGGAUAAAGAGUUGAAAGUGGAGAGUGGUGUUAGGGGGUUGGAAUUGUUAGAAGAUGAUCUUAGCUGGGAAGUUCAAAGUGUGAAAGACUUUUUCGAUAGGUCGAAGGAGUUUACCAGGCCGGAUGGUGGACCACCUCGCUGGUUUACCCCUAUUGAAUGUGGGUGUCCAAUGAAGGAUUCUCCGGUUUUGCUCUUUCUGCCUGGAAUGGAUGGCACUGGUUUGGGGCUCAUACUGCAUCAUCAAGCUCUUGGGAGGAUUUUUGAUGUUAGGUGCAUGCACAUUCCUAUUUAUGACAGAACACCAUUUGAAGGGCUAGUAAAAUUUGUUGAAGAUACAGUGAGGUUAGAGCAUGCACUCUCUCCAGACAGACCAAUAUAUCUUCUCGGAGAUUCUCUUGGAGGAUGCCUUGCACUAGCUGUUGCGGCUCGUAAUCCUGCGAUUGACCUUGUAUUGAUCCUGUCCAAUCCUGCAACAUCCUUCGGAAAGUCACAACUGCAACCUCUAUUACCUUUGAUUGAGGCUGUACCAGCCGAGCUACAUAGUGCCAUUCCAUAUCUUCUAAGCACCAUAAUGGGUGAUCCUGUCAAGAUGGCAAUGGUUGAUGUUCCAGAGGGGCUUUCUCCUCCAGAGAUGGUGGACCAGUUAUCAGGCAGUCUUGUUGCCUUGUUACCCUGUCUCUCUGCUUUGUCAGAAAUAAUACCAAAAGGAACACUUGCGUGGAAGUUAAAGCUACUUAAAUCAGCUUCCUCUUAUGCCAAUUCUCGUCUUCAUGCUGUCAAAGCUGAAGUUUUGGUGCUCGCCAGUGGCAAGGACCAAAUGUUACCAAGUAUGGAAGAAGCGGAACGACUUCGCCAUACAUUACCAAACUGUAGAGUUCGAUUCUUCAAGGAUGGUGGCCAUGCAGUUUUAUUGGAAGAUGGUAUCAAUUUGUUGACAGUUAUUAAUGGUGCCCAAGUUUAUCGUCGUUCAAGAAUUCGUGACUUUCUCUCGGAUUUCCUUCCACCUACUUUAAGUGAAUUCAAGAAAGUAUAUGAACAACAGAAUGGUUGGUUUCAUCAAGCUGUCAAUCCAGUGAUGCUUUCAACUAUGGAAGAUGGAACAAUCGUGAAGGGUCUUGCUGGAUUUCCCGAUGAAGGUCCUGUUUUAUUCGUUGGUUAUCACAUGUUGAUGGGACUUGAGUUGUCUCCCCUUGUAGGGGAAAUCCUGAGAGAGAAGAAAAUACUUCUGCGAGGCCUUGCUCAUCCAUUAUUAUUCUCAAAACGCUCUGAGAGUUCUACCCAAGAUCCAUCGUCAUUUGAUGCGAUCAGGAAUUUUGGUGGAGUGCCUGUAUCACCAAGCAAUAUUUUUAAACUUCUUUCAAGAAAAGCUCAUGUUCUUUUGUACCCAGGCGGUGUACGUGAGGCUCUUCAUAGAAAGGGUGAAGAGUAUCAGUUGUUCUGGCCGGAGCGUUCGGAAUUUGUGAGAAUGGCAGCUAAAUUUGGUGCCACUAUAGUGCCUUUUGGUGUUGUUGGAGAAGAUGACAUCGUGGAAUUGGUUGUUGAUUACAAUGAUUUGAUGAGCUUCCCUCCAGCUAGAGACUUCAUCAAGCAAGGAAAUAAGGAGCAUGUCAGAUUAAGGACUGAUGUGACUGGGGAGUUAGCGAACCAAGACAUGUAUUGCCCUGGGCUUUUGCCAAAAAUACCUGGGCGAUUUUAUUAUUUGUUUGGGAAGCCUAUUGAGACUAGAGAGAGAAAGGCUGAACUCAGAGACAAAGAGGAAGCACAUAAGCUCUACGUGUACAUAAAGUCAGAGGUGGAGAACAUUAUGUCCUUCUUAAGGAAGAAGAGAGAGGAGGACCCUUACAGGAGUUUAUUACCGAGGGCUUUAUAUCAGGCGACAUGGGGUUUCACUAAGGAAGUCCCCACAUUUGAGCUAUGAAAGGCUGGUAUGAAGGUGUAUUUUAUCACUUGUUGGUUGUAUAGUGGUGAGAUAAGAUGUGCAAUUCAGAGGAUAUUCAUAUUAAAUCUGAUGGUUUCAUUCAUUUAUCUUCUUCAGGCUUCUGCACUACUUGGUUCAAUUGAUUGCCUCAAAAAUCUUGUACAACAGUUAUUAAGUUUAAAUGCUAAAGCUUGUGCCUCUGGCCACAUGAGUGA